CAGUGUGGCUACCCGGGAUGGCGGCGUCAAGUAGGGCAGGCACUGGAGGUAGCCGCGGAGAGGCAGGUGGCAAGGGCGAGCCGGGCGGAACGGAGGUCCGGGCCGCUGCAGCCCGGCGUCGGGGUGAGACGAUCAUCCUUGAAGUCCCGGCCCAGGUCUCAGAGCUCAAGUUUACCAGUGAGCAAGAUGGAAACUGCAUCACCUUUUAUGAUCUAACCUCAGAACACAUUAUCACUUCCGUCACCUUCUAUUGGUUGAAGCAAUCACAAGCCUGGCCAGAUUCAUAGGUUUCAUCCUUUUGUGAGCUGUCGCCAUGACCCUGACAAAAGGUUCCUUCACUUACUCCAGUGGAGAGGAGUAUCGUGGCGAGUGGAAGGAGGGCCGCAGACAUGGUUUUGGUCAACUGAUGUUUGCAGAUGGUGGCACCUACCUGGGCCAUUUUGAGAAUGGGCUCUUUAAUGGCUUCGGGGUGCUGACCUUCUCAGAUGGCUCAAGGUAUGAGGGGGAGUUUGCCCAGGGCAAGUUCAACGGCGUCGGAGUCUUCAUUCGACAUGACAACAUGACCUUUGAGGGAGAAUUUAAAAACGGCAGAGUGGAUGGUUUGGGCCUGCUGACUUUCCCUGAUGGUUCUCAUGGAAUACCCCGCAAUGAAGGUCUGUUCGAGAACAACAAGCUUUUGCGGCGUGAGAAGUGCUCGGCGGUGGUCCAGCGGGCCCAGAGCGCCUCCAAGUCAGCCCGGAGCCUCACUGCCUGACGGGGGCUGUGCCUGGCUGACAGCAACCCGCUCAGGGUGGACAAAUGAACCCAAAGUGAGAGGAGACGAAAAUGACCAUGGAGCAGAAGCCCCGGGAGGGGCCCGUCACCUGCAAGGCAGGGCUUUGGUCACAGAAGGGCUGAGGCUAGGGCCACUGCAGCAGGGGUCACCCAGCGUGUCCUUCCCUUCUCUUACUGGUUGGUACUUCUGUCCCUAACACCGUAGAUCACCCGGUGCAGACCGGCUGCUGCCUUUCUACUUCAUUUUCUGCCAAGUGAUGCAGAAUAUUUUCCUUCUGCCUCUCUUUGGUGCAGAUGAUCCCAGCCCCAGAUGAGGGCCAAGUGCUCAGUGCUCUGUGAGAAAUGAAGGAAACAGUAGGGGUGGCCUUGACAGUAUAGCGGUCCCGUGAAAGUCAAGACCAGAGCUUUUCUGUACGUUGUCCUGCAUUCCUGGCUGGCAUCAUGGCCCCAGGCCUUCCGCUUUGUCUGACCAGCUUGGUCCUGCGUCUGCUUGUUGCCCCUCUGAAGGGUUCAGUGAAGUGCUGUUUUCCUCUCCCUUAACCUUACAAGCUGUCUUCCUUCCCUGAGUUCCAGCAGGUAAUCUGUGCCCCUCUCUCCUUCCUUAGACAUGGGAAAGGAUCCUUUUAGUCAGAAAGAAACUGAUGUAAACAAUCAUCUUAUAGCUUGUAAUUAUUACUUACUCCAGGUCAAGGGCAGACAUCUCUGAGUCACAUCAGGCCUUGUCAUGGAGUGAACUGAAUCCUCAAGGAUGGCUUGGGCUGACACAGCUCCUUCUCAGUGGACCAGUAGGUCAGACCCACCUCAACCCUUUGGGGUUCAGGUAGAAUUUGACCUAUCUUGGGAAGGCAAUGAACUCAAAGAGCAUUUGGUUCACUGUAACUCUUCCACCAAGAGCUUUGGCCAUCAGGCCUAGGGAUCAGAUCUGGAUUGAUUGCACUCCUGCACAAUUCAUCACAGAGGCCUCCAGUUACCCUGGGAUCCCAAGAUGCCCCACCCCAUCCCCAGCCCCUUAUCCUCACACUGAAUGUCUCCUCAACAGCAGAUUGUGGUGGAAGUGAUAGUUGUGUGCCUCUAUUUAUUCUCUGUGUUAUACUGUGGAAACAAGUGCUUAUGAGGAAUAAAGAAAUUGCCAGAACUACCUA